AUGCUGCACGGCCACGAUGCAGUAACUGCCACAGUCAAGGACAUCUUCAAACUUCAACGCGACGCGUCUGCUCUCAAAGCAUUUAUCGUGACUCUCAAGCAAAGUAACCCACAGGAACGUGAAAAAUUACUCUCAUCCGCUGUCGACAAUGAUGGAAAUGUCAGCUUGCCAGUUUCAGUAGAUGAAACUCUUCCAACACAAACCCAGGUUUCCUUAACUGGCCUCUCUUCCCGACCUGCCAUUGUAUCCGAUGAUGAGCUAGACAUUGCCAGCUUUGUAUCUGUUGAUGACUCGGGUGAGACUAACAGCUUUGGCCCGUCAUCUGCCUUAUAUAAUCCAGCCAGGAAUGAUCCAGACAAUAACACGCAAUGUAACUGGACAUGGAUCGAGAAUGUCAAGAACAGUUUGAUAGCAAAUGCUGCUCUGCAGAGACAUCUGGAGCAUGGGCUCGUGAAACAUUCCACUAUUGCAGGGGUACCGACGGAGUUGGCGAUGCAUUUACUUAACCUCCACUGGGAUCGUCAGCACCACACAUUUCUUCUUACCUAUAGACCUGCUAUCAUGCGCGAUUUGCAAUGCUCAGGUCAGUUUUGCUCCACCUUUAUGCUCAACGCCAUCUUCGCCUGCUGCAGCAAGUUCUCGCCUCGUCUAGAAGUCAGAGAAGACCCUGGAGAUCCAUCGAGCGCUGGUCUUCAGUUUUUCAAUCGGUGUGACAAGCUUCUUGCAAAAGACUCCCUCCUCAUGCGACCGCACAUUACAACAAUCGUGGGACUUCUCCUUCUAGGCUCAACAUACAACGCUCGUGGAGAGACAUCAAAAGGAUGGUUGUAUACUGGUUACGCUCUGCGAAUGGUCUAUGACUUGGGUCUCCAUCUGGACCCUAAACAGACGACAGAUAACUCAGAGGAGAUAGAAAUCAAGAGACGAGUGUUUUGGGGCGCUUUUGUCUGUGAUAAGCUCCAGAGUCUAUACUUGGGUCGACCAGUGGCCAUUAAUCUUUGCGACUACCAGGUAUCGCGCGAGUUUCUUGACUUGUACGAAGAAACAGAACCGUUUCAUAUCCCGAAGUUGGCAGCAGAAUCCACCUCUAGUUUGCCUAGGAAUAUGGAUGACAUGGUUCCUAGGUAUUCUGUAUCAACCUUUCAACAGUUAUGCCUUUUGUCCAAGAUCAUGACGACCAUUAUCAAUCGUUUCUAUGUUGUCGGAGCCACAUUUUCAAACGCCCAAGACAGUCUCCUGAAAAUUGAACAGGCAUUACAGAAGUGGCGAGAAGACUUAGCUCCCGAGCUUGACUUCCAGCCCUGGAUUUCAGCAAGCACACAAGCCCAGACGCCGAAUAUCAUGGUCCUUCACAAUCUGUAUUACUCUCUUAUCAUUUUGGUCCAUCGACCAUUCAUCUCGGACGGGCAUCUUCGCUCAACCGGAACGCCAUCUCGAUCCUGGGAGCAAUGCACAGAUGCAGCGCGAUGUAUUACAACUAUAGCAUCAGUUUACAAGUUGACUUAUGGACUCAAUGGAGCGCCUUAUGUCCUGGCAUAUACAGUCUAUGUAGCAUGUACCAUACAUGUCCGCAACGCGGCUUCCCAAAGCCACAAGGGGGACCAUUUGGAUCUACUGAGGAGGAGUUUAGAAUGCCUGGAUCAACUUUGUAUUGCGAAUCCGGGUGUUGCUAAGCCGGCCAAUAGCAUCAGGCGCCUUAUUGAAGCCAAUCGUCUCAACCUGACAGUUGGAGAAACAAACUCAUCCAUGUCACCCGAUAUUUCGUUCGACUUGGAUGCAAUCCACAAUUCAUUCACUAUGACAGAGUGGCCCUAUCCAAAUUACGAAAUGAACACUGGCGACAUGGACUACAAUUUGCCACUUGAUCCAUUAUUUGGUUGGAUUAAUGUACCAACCCCGUCACUAGAUCAGGACACCGAACCAGGAUUUUUAUAUAAUUGA